AUGGUAGCUAGAAAUAGACCUGGAACACAUUUUAACAAAGCUGGUUGGAAAAAUUUGAAAACAAAGUUCUUGAAACAGACUGAUUUGAGUUAUGAGUAUAAACAAUUUAAAAAUAAGUGGGAAGCUAUAAAAAGAGAGUGGAGACUAUGGGCUAAACUAAAAGGAAAGGAGACCGAUCUUGGUUGGGAUCCUAUUAAGAAGACCAUACAAACAAGUGAUGAUUGGUGGAAGGCUAAUAUUCAGAAAAAUCCUGAUGUGGCAAAAUUUAGAGAGAAAGGUCCAAAACAUCUUGAUGAAAUGGAGUUCCUUUUUGAAGAUAUUGUAGCUGCUGGUAUAGGUGCAUGGGCACCCUCUCAAGAUAAAAAUGAUAGUUAUAACGAUAGAGAUAAUGAGAAAGAUAAUGAUGAUGAGGAAGAAAGUUUAAAAAAUGAGUUAAAUGAUGAAUCAACAUCUUCUAGUGCAAUGAGAUAA